AUGAAGCAACGACUGAGAACUAAGGUUUGGUGGUUUGGCAUGGAAAAAGACGUCGAGACAUUCUGCAAGCAUUGCCACGGAUGCCAGCUAGUGAGCGCUGCGCAACCACCAGAACCACUGACCAUGACGAGACUCCCGGGAGGUCCCUGGAAAAUGGUUGCAAUGGACUUCCUAGGACCACUUCAAGGAGAUACAUACAUUUUUCUCGUUAUAGACUAUUAUAGCUGCUUCUACGAAGCAAGAGUCAUGAAAUCCAUCACUGCACAGAAGACCAUUGAAGAAUUGGAGGAAAUAUUUUCAAGAUUUGGCCUCCCAGAGCACAUCACUGCAGAUAAUGGAACUUAA